CUGAGUUUUCCCUUUUCACAUCAAAUCGAGUAGACAUAAAAGAUCAUCAAUAUCUGGAGAUUAUCUCUGGAAAGUUUCAUCUUUUUAUCAAUUGUUUUUCGCCAUUUAAUAAGUGAAAUCUGGAUUGCUGCUGUAUAACAAAGCCGUUCUUUUACCUUGUAAAUUCAAUUGAGCAAGCAGACGCCGACAAGCAAACACUUGAAUACAAACAAAAACUCCUUUGAAUACUCGCCAUUCCUUUCCAUCAAGUCCCAAGUAAGAAACAUGGCCUACAACGAUGAUGCCGUUCUGGCAAAACUUUCCGCUUUGAACGAGACACAGGAGAGUAUUGUCACCGUUGCGCAAUGGAUUAUGUUUCAUAGGAGAUAUGCCGACCGUACUGGACAACUUUGGCUUCAAAAAUUGAAGGAUUCUGGAAGUAACAAGAGAUUGAACCUGGUGUACCUCGCAAACGAAGUCGCACAACAAUCCAAAGCUCGGCGCAAGGAUGAUUUUCUCAUUGCAUUUUCUCCCGUAAUCGCAGAGGCUACAGCUACAGCUUAUAAGGGAGCUACAAGUGAUGUCCAAAAUAAGUUGAAGAGAGUCGUGGAAGUUUGGAGACAGAGACAGAUUUUCGAAAUUCCUAUACAAGAGGCGGUCGAGGCUCGAAUCGAGGAACUAGAGAAAUCAAGAUCCUCAAACAGGAAAGGAUUGGGCGGAUCCCUUUUCUCCAACAAUUCAUCGUCGGCGCCAAGCGAACUUCAACCUCUUGUAGGACCCCAGCAAACAAUAUCCAAAUUGGUACUUUCUACAAAGACUUCUACGAAUUCGGCGAACAAUGAUUACGAAAAGCUCACAAAUCCAAAUACGCCAACUCCGUCUGCGCCAGUCUAUGCUGCUCGACUCAAUGGCCUUCUCAAGACUUUGGCCAACGCCGAAGGAGCUGUGGCUGAAGUUAUUAAAUCGCGUAACUUGCUGAUCGAAGGACUGGAGAAAUUGCUAGAGACAAAUCGUAAUGCCCUAACAGAAGAAGAGGCUCAGCUUAAUCUGCUCUCCUCGCGACGUAACGAAAUCGACAUUAAAAAGAGGGAUGUGGAAGACAGUAUUAUGCAGGGUCUCGCAAACAGCAGCGAGAGCACACCCGCAGAUGGCAGUCCAGGAAACCAAAUGGGUACUCCUAAAUCCGAACCUGAUCGUCCGGAAGUUGAACCUCUGUCACCUCCAUUGCGCCCCAUGAAGGAAGAAACCACUCAACAAGAGUCACUUCCAGACUUUGACCUCAAUUCCUCGGCGGCUGCUACUAAUGGUUCGAUUUACACAUCCCAAUCUAUGUCCAUGUCACCAACUUCCGGUUUGGAUUUGCUAAGUAGUGUUUCUACUAGUUAUGGACGCAGCAACUCGAUGAGUAGCAUUAAGAAGAGGAAAUUGAAUGAUGAUUUUCCGGAGAUGGGAGGGGAUGCUAUGGAGGGGUUGGAUGCGGAUGUUGCCGAAAUGUUGAGACAGGAUAGUGCGGGUGCUUGAGACGGUAAGAAAGGAAGGGGGAUUCAGGAUUGGAAAUAAAUGUCUAUUCCAGGGUUGGUGAUUGCGAGCGAAGUUGGGGAUGUAGGAUAUGUACUGAUAUAAUGAAGUGGGGAGGAGCUUUUAUCGCAUCGGAGAACGAAGGACGCAAAAUUCAAGAUUGUCGAAUAUACCAUGGUUUGCGGAUACAAUUGGCAGUAGUGGUAAUGGGAUAAUUUGAAAUGAAUUAAAAAUUGUACAUGUUUAAAUUAACAGGUGUG